AUGGCUCUCACAGAAGGAUGGCAUGCGAAAGAUAUAGCCUACACCAGCAUUGUUGGGGCUUUCAUGCUGAUGGCACUCUUGGAAUGGAUUCUGUGGCUCGCCGCGUUUCUGUACUGCUUGAUCAAGGUAUUUAGGAAGGCAGAUAACUGGUCCAUGCGGAUUCUUUCCGUCGCUGUCGGUACCGCCUUUACCCUUUUGCGAUUCAUCUUCUUACCUAUCAUGGUGGUGACACUGCCCUUGCCGCCACAAAUUACUCAAUAUUGGCCAGCUGCCAUGGUGUCAUUUCUACAGUGGUUUGCCUUUUGGAGUUUCUCCAUCCUCCUGACCGUUCCAUGGCUAUUCUGCGUCUAUCAGCUGGUUACCAGCAACCUGGGUGGUAACAAACGCAUUAAGGAGGUACUAGAUGACACCACAGCUCCUAAAAUCGUGGUUGUCAUGCCUUGUUAUCGCGAAGAGCCCGAGGUGCUCAUUACAGCAAUCAACUCUGUCGUCGAUUGUGACUACCCGGCGGCCUGCAUACAUGUCUUCCUGUCAUUUGAUGGGGACGAGGUGGAUGACCUAUACCUAAGCACCAUCGAAAGUCUCGGCGUGCAGCUUACCCCAGGAUUCUACCCGAGGAGUCUGGAUAUUCUUUAUAAGGAAGCCCGUAUUACGGUCUCAAGGUUUACCCACGGAGGCAAACGGCAUUGCCAGAAGUCAACAUUUAAGCUCAUUGAUAAGGUCUACUCCCGGUAUUUAAUGAAAAGAGACGAUCUUUUUAUUCUUUUCAUUGAUUCCGACUGCAUCCUGGAUCAAGUAUGCCUGCAGAAUUUCAUGUACGAUAUGGAACUCAGUCCUGGAAACUCUGGCGAUAUGCUCGCCAUGACUGGUGUAAUUACUUCGACGACCAAGAAGCAUAGCAUCAUUACACUACUACAAGACAUGGAAUACGUUCACGGCCAGCUUUUUGAACGAACCGUCGAAUCAGGGUGCGGAUCUGUCACCUGCCUACCGGGAGCACUCACGAUGCUUCGCUACUCAGCUUUCCGAAAGAUGGCCAAAUACUACUUCGCCGACAAGGCCGAAGAGUGCGACGACCUAUUCGACUUUGCCAAAUGCCACUUAGGUGAAGAUAGGUGGCUUACGCAUUUGUUCAUGAUCGGCGCACGAAAGCGGUACCAAAUUCAGAUGUGUACUUCUGCUUUCUGUAAAACAGAAGCCGUGCAGACAUAUCGGUCUCUCGUCAAACAGCGACGCCGAUGGUUCUUAGGCUUUAUAACGAAUGAGGUCUGCAUGCUAACGGACUGGCGACUAUGGAAAAAAUACCCCAUCCUAAUCGUGGUCCGCUUCAUGCAGAACACUAUUCGAACGACAGCACUAUUGUUCUUCAUCAUGGUUCUCGCCUUGUGUACCACGGUCGCCAAGAUAGAAAAUCUGCCCGUGGGCUUCAUUGCCGUCUCUUUGGGGUUGAAUUGGCUGCUUAUGGUCUAUUUCGGCGCCAAACUUCGGCGAUUCAAGGUUUGGAUGUACCCAUUGAUGUUCGUCUUGAACCCGUUCUUCAAUUGGUAUUAUAUGGUGUACGGCAUAUUUACCGCUGGGCAACGAACAUGGGGCGGGCCUCGGGCCGAUGCCGCCGCGGCUGACGCGAAUACUACCGCGCAACAAGCAAUCGAACGGGCAGAAGACCAGGGUGACGAGCUUAAUGUCAUACCGGAGACGUUCAGACCCACGAAUACCUCCCAGAACCCAAGCACGCCCUAUAAAGGGCACGGAGGAGGACUUGGCCGUCAGAAGAGCGUCGUCAGACCGCCUGACAAGCUUGUCGGAAGAUUUGCAGCCGGAUUGACGUCUUCAGCAGGGCCGUCGGAGACGUUCAACGGGUCUGAAGCCGGCUCCGUUCUUUUAGAGGAACGUCCCCUCUCAGGGCUCUCAUCCAGGCUGUCGGUAGCAACUGGUGAUUGGCAUGAUUCUCGUGAGAGUUUGCAAACGGGCGCUUCGGCGGCAUUGCCUCAGAAUGCGCCAAAUGCUAUACAAAGGCACAUGGGGUACGAUCAUCUAGUCGCAGGCAUGCCGGAGCCGCGAACGCCGUCACCGUUGCAUGAGAUGUCUUCAGGUCCCGACAAACAGACACAAAGCGAUUUGGCAGAAAAACAGGCUUAA